CCCAAGGCCAAACGUACAUGUAAACAUGUCGUGACAUAUUAUAACGAAGCAAAAGAAGACAGCAGAAGAUUUUGCCUAAAAAUCUAUAGUAUUUACGAUAAAAUCUACAGUGCAUAUCUACAGCUGGCCAAGGACUUAAUCGUGGGAGGAUAUAUUGUGGAAUUCGACGAUUUUGAACAACGAAUUUUGUCAACUGAUACCGACCCGAGAAAGCUGCGAGAGGAGGCCGACGUGCACCAAGGCAAGACAGAGUGAGAGGAUCGGUACCGCUGCGGCCGCGGCAGGGCAAGGAGCUCCGCUCUGGACUACCUCAGGUGAGGUUCGUUCGUGCAGGCUCCACUCCAGUGACCAGUCUCCCGCUGUCUACGCUCCACCUACCCGAACCUCAUGGUGGUGAACUCGCUCUGAUAGUCAGAUACUUCCAGUGACAAAGGUAUUAAAGGAUUUUUGUCUUGGAGACAUUAUCAUCAUGACGUCGAGUCCACAGUACGUUCGCGUAUCGCUCAUAGGACAGGCAAAAUACCUGCGUCAGUUUAAGAUAACCUCCAUCAUUCACCUAACCAGUGGUAUAGCAUUGGUGAUCCUCGGAAUCGCUGCUGCUGCUACCAGAGCCACAUGGUCUUUCUAUGCAGCACCGAUAUGGUCCGGCAUUCUGUUUUUCAUCGUUCCUGGAAUCGUUGGCCUGUGUGCCGCACAGCAGAAACAGCAUCACUUGACGGCUGCUUACAUAGGAUUGUCGGCGACGUGUAGCUUGAUCUCAAUAGGUCUGUUUGUCUUGUACUGCUGGAUCAUUACGCUCGAGAGAACGCUCGGACACAGAUUUUACUCGUACUGCAAUCCCCUUGAUUUCCUGGAGUUUGACUGCCCCUCAUCUGUAGCUGGUCGAAUAGUGAUCGAGGUUCUGAUAGCACUCAUUUCUUUGAUGACGUUCUUUGCGUCCAUUUUUGGAACGUUGUUCGGAAGUUGCUUCAACUGCACAUGUUGCGCCGCCUGUGUCAAGGAGUGUUACAGCGACGCCCCUCAGUGCUGCCAGUGUUGCUCGUGUUGUGGGCAACAAUCAAAUGAGGUAUCGGCUGAAAGUUUUACUACUGUUACAGCAGAUGGUUCUCUUCGACUAGAAGUCUCAUCCAGAGGACCCAAACCAGAAGCCUCGGAUCAGCCACCCAAGGCUUCCUCUGGCAAUGAACCCGUGUGAUUCCUGUGUCGGAUCUAGAGAGAUUUUCACAAAACAUUUCGGUCUGUGAUUUACGCCAAGCUACUGCAACUCCUUGCAUCUGAUUUGCUGAGAGCCAGUUAGUUAGUGAAAAUUUUAAAACAUGAAACACUUCUUUUGCGCAAGUAAUUCCUAAGGAAUAUUCAUGUCCUUGGGAGCAUUUCAUCAAAAAAAUUUCAUCCAAGAAGCUGCCAGAUCUGAAAACUUUCUUUGAUUUUGAUUGGCCGAGAAGCAUUGUUACUUUGCAGGGAAUAAUUUUGCUUUACAUAU